AGUUUCAAAUCAAAAUAACCUCAAUCUAAUCAAAUAAAUAAUACUGUCUACAAAACUUACUGUAGUCUUCUUUUAGUGAAAAAAAACGAUGUCUGAAACGAUGCCGCUCAAUUUACUUUCUCGUGAUGAACGCAAUAAAAAUAAUUCCAAUAAACAUCUAGAUGCUCCCAGGAGAAACUAUGCAGGUGCUCCUCUUGCACUUGUGGAAGAUGACGCACUACUUCCCCCUGAAAGGCCCACAAGUGGCCCUGAGAUGGAUGACCUUGACCCUAGCUCAAGACCUUCUGGAGCUUCUGAGGUAGAUGACCUGCUGCCUCGCAGGCGUAACAACAAGCCAGAAGAGUUCCCUGGUGUUGACGACGGUUUAAUACCUAGAAGGGAAGGUGCAUUUCCAGUCCCUGUUGACCCAAUACCUAGGAGAGAAGGUGGAUUUCCCCUCCCCGUCGACCCAGUGCAUAUUCCCCCAAAAGGCCUCCCAGAUGUCAAUGUUUAUCAGCAGAAGAAGACUUUAGCUCAAGGUAUGAUGGAUUUGGCACUACUGACGGCUAAUGCCAAUCAGCUGCGGUAUGUGCUAGACGCAGGCCCAGUCCAUGCUUACUACUACGUCAGUUUGACAUUCAUUGCUGUCAGCAUUCUAUUGCAGGUGUCAGUUGGUAUUCUGUUGCUGUGGAACAGCAGAUUCAACAUCAACAAAGAACAUCAUAUCAUCCGAGCCAACAGAAUAAACAACUUCACACUCAUCGGGAUAUUUCUUAUAACAAUACUCAACGUAUUCAUAGCAGCCUUUGGCUUGCCUGACAGAGCUCUCCGAUUGGCUCCUUUUGCGCCACAAAUUGCCAGUCAAGAUGUUGAAAUAUUCAAUGGUACCUCAUCCACAGAAUCAAACUAGACACAGCUCUGCUUUUUCAUACUCCGUAACAGGUGCUAUAUAAAAGAUGGCUUUUUACAUAUUUUCACUUGAGCAAAAUACUUGUAAUAUAUUCUUAGUAUUUCCUUUUUACCGCUGGUGGGCAGUUAACUCUCUAAGAGAAGUAAUUUAAACUAAUGUGUAUGGCUUUAGUACCUUUCAAAAGCUUUAAUUGGACAUGUAAAUGGAAACAUACCUUUAAAAUCUCUGUUUGUAGAAUUCCAAAAUGGAUAUUAUAACUGACAAUAACUUAUUAUUUUUCCAGGCAUCUAUGUUAUUGUUGGAUUGGAACUAAUGUUCGUUUUUAUUGCUUACUCCAAUUCUCUUUUGUAUUAUGGAUAAGAAUGUUAAAAACAUAAUUUAAAACAUUUGAUCUCCCAAUGAGUCUCAUAAAUAGUUCUUAAUGUGUGAUAUUUUCUAAUACAGUGUAAUUAUAACUUAUAACUCAUUGUAAUGUACCCCUAUAUCAUUGUUUAACCUUUGUUUCACAGUACAGUACUAUUAUUGUAGCUAAGGAUAAUGUUCUGGUGUUAGUUAAUCAGUUCUGCAGUUGAAAUUCAAUUAAAACUUUAUACUAGGAAGCUAACUAAUAACACCACUAAUAUAAUGACAAAUUUUUCAAGUCACUUAUUAACACUAACAAGCAUAACUAAACAUAUCCAAUCAAUGCUCAAGAGUUAUAUUUAUCUAUAGCCUACUGUAUGUUAUUUUAUUAAGAGCUUUAUUAUUUUGUUAAUAAUUGAUUUUAUUUCCUUCUAUUUUUAGAUAGGAUGGUUUGGUAGAGGUGGAGUGUUUUUGACAAUUUUGCAGCUUUAUUUCUAUAGUCAGUUCCACUACAUUUAAUCAAUGCUCAAGAGUUAGAAAAUUAUUGUAGGCACUAUAUAAUUGUAAGGUUUUAUAUAUUUGUCUAAAUGUUGUUUUAUUUAUUUAAUAAAGAGCUUUAUUACUUUUAAA